CAGACAUGGCCCGGGCUGCCACUCCGGAGACGACGAGCCGCCCACCCGCUGCACGGCGCCGCGGCGGGCGGGGCGGACAUAGGCCCGGCCCACUGCGGCAGCUGCGGGGGGGACGGCGAGCGAGGGAGCCCUGAGGGCGGUCCUUUAUCUGCUCUUCCCUUCCACUGAUUUCACCUGCGUCUGAAAAUCAAGGAUCUGAACACAAUCAAGAGUUUUCUGAGGAAGAGACACACAAGAACCUCCUCACACCGAUCACUGUCUCACCUCCAGUGCAGCCAGCAGGGACCACAUUUCCACAGGCGGUUCCAUCCCCAAGACUGCUGCAGCCUUUGCCUGACUGACUGCCUGAGCAACAGCUAGUUGCGGAUGGCCGGGUCAGGUCGAGGAAGAGGACGUGCUGCCUUUACCUUCGACAUUGGGGCUAUUGGCUUUUCUAAAGGUGCAGCUUUACCCGAUGUCGUCUGUCAGCCUCCACCGCCAUUCCCUAGUACAGACAAUAAGCCAGUGCCUCUGAAAACAGGAGAAGAUGAAGAUUACAUGUUGGCCUUAAAACAAGAUCUUAGAGGAACUAUGAAAAGAAUGCCUUAUUUUUUGGCAGUAGAAGAAGAUUGUGAAGCAAUUGAGAGGUACAGUAAAAAGUACAGUGAAAAGAAGCAUGCAGUGUGGACCCCAGAUUGGAGAAGACUCCCAAGAGAGAUGAAGCCAAGGAAGAAGACCAAGAAAGCAGGUGCAAAACCAAAAAAGGCAAAAAGCUCUGAGCCUAAAAGUAAUCUGGAUGUGUUGAAAAAAAUUGAGGAGCUGGAGAAGAAGGACGAUGAAGAAGAAAAAUCUGAAGAUGAGAAAGACAAAACGAAAGACAAAGAAGGUGAAGAUGAUGACGAAGCAGAAGAACCAGAGGAAUAUGAUGAAGAGGAGCAUGAAGAGGAAAAUGACUACAUUUCUUCAUAUUUUGAAGAUGGAGAUGACUUCGGUGCUGGCAGUGAUGACAAUAUGGAUGAAGCAACAUAUUAGCUAUUGCUGCUAGGUCUACACUGCUCAAGCCUUACACUACUUGAAGUAGAAUUCCGGAGGUAGGCCGAGUAUCAACAGAACUAAUGCUUUAGCUCUGUUGGUUUUAAGUAUACUCUCCAAAGAAAAGGUUAAGCAAUUGUUAUUGAUUGUACUAUGCUGUAAAACAGGAUAUGGGAUCCUUUGUUUUGUUCUUUUGCCAAAUGUUUUGUGGACACUCACCUUUCUAAGGUUCUCUGGAAUGCCUACUGAUGGAAUAAGCUUAUAUAUGCCAUUGUAUUGCACAGAAGAAGAAUGUAUGCAUUUUAAUCAAAAUGGUGCCUAAGCAUUUGCACUAGUCAGUUCUAUGCUUUAGCAGUCAAAUCUUGAAAAUAAUAGUGAAGCUCCUGGAUGACUGCAGCAAAAAGAGAUACGGCCUUUAUGGACAUAAGCUGCUCGUAUUUGGCAUCUGAUGCCUCUGAAGUAAUUUACAUAACUUCUGAAUUCAGGUGAGUGAAAAUAAUUGACCACUAAGCACUUUAAUAUAAACUAACUUGAAAGGACCUUAGUAAAAUGGACAAACAACAUAAUGAGAGCAUUUUGAAGAGCUAUUAUUCUACUUGAACUCAUUUUUUUUAAUAUCUUUGUAAGAAGGAACUGUAAUAUUUAACCAUGUGUUUACCAUUAUGAAACAGUGUAAGUAAUAAUUAAAGGUUAAUUUCAUUUAGAAAGAAUAUAUGGUAGAAUUUAAGACUGAAAAAAUGUGGAACCCUUGUUUUCACCAGUGGCACAGAGAUUAGUGAUGAGAAUUUUAGUUGUCUGAGUUUCGCUGCCUCUUAAGGUGAUACUAACUUUCCUCACAGAGCUGUUGAGAUGGCAGAUGAUGGUUAUGUAUUGAAUUGUUAAUGCAUUUAUUUACUUUCCUACAUAACAAACAAGACCAAAACCUAACAAUCAAUACAAAAAACCUCAGAAACACAGGAAAAUAAUGUGGUGAAGUAUUUUGAUGCUUGAGGUUUUAAUUAGGAAAACAAGGCAAGAAUACUGAGAAUAGCAAAACCAGGAUGUUUGGAAAUGUUAAUUUUAUUUAAGAACCAACAGCUGAAGUGUAGAAAACUUAUUCCUGAGAUUAGAAACUUGAGGAAAUGAUAGAGCAUUCUCUGUGUCCCAUUGUCCCUUGAUGAUACAAAAUUUUACUGAUUAGUGUUGUUAUUGAUCAGUGUUAUUACUAUUGAUCAGGGUUGUUUUUUUUAUUUACUUUUUUAAAGCACUUUGUUACUGAUAACUAAUGCUGUUAUCAGAUCUAAUGAAAGAUGAGUUUUAAAAGAAAUUAUUUUAUCAGCAAAGGAAAGUACAGAAGUUUUUCUUGCAAGUUUGGCAUUUUGUCAAGCAGUGCUUUACCUCACCGCUGACUGGAAAAUAAUACUGUAUUAUUCUAUAAACUUCUGUGUGCAGUAAGAAUUUGUUCCUUAAGGUGUAGCUUUCAAGUGUUCUGAUAAAAUUCCUAUCAGAUGUAAAGGAAAUGAAACUAAAAUGCUAUGCAGGUCACACCUCAGAGGCAUACCAAUUUUAUUUUGAAGUGUUCAUAGCUAUACAAAUAAAGUUUAAUAAACAUUCUGCUGCAUUGCAUAGGAAA